AUGCCAAAAUUUACCAUAAAUUUUGUACAAAUUAUUUGCUGGAGCACAAUUAUUCUAUCAAAUCUGUGUGAUGCUGAUAAUUUAGUGGAACUAACUCAAAAACGAGUGCACAUCAGUUCACAAGACGGAUCUAUAACCAGCGUUGUCGGAAUAUUAGUAGGUCACAAUUCGAAGACAGAACGUCCAACAGGAUGUAUGGUUAUCAUAUGCAAUGCAACAUGUGUUGGAGGUGUCGAUGUUCGGGGAUCGGCUCCGGGUACACGUGAAACAGAUCUGCUCGACCCAAUUAAUUUAGUUAAUAUUGUCAAUGCAAUUGUUUUGUCCGGUGGUAGUGCAUUCGGAUUGGAUGCAGCAUCGGGUGUAGUUCGUUGUCUCGCCGAAAAGAAGAUUGGAUUUCAAACACCAGCUCGACCAGUUCCAAUUGUCCCAGCUGCUGUAUUAUAUGAUUUAGAUGUUGGUAACGAUUCAUUCGUCGUUCCUGAUGCUGAUUCUGGCUAUGAGGCGUGUAUGGCAGCCGAUAAUUCUCGUGUAACAGAAGGAAAUAUUGGAGCAGGUAGUGGUGCUAGCAUUGGAAAAUUGUUCGGCAUGAAAUAUGCUAUGAAAACAGGACUCGGCAGCACUGCAUUAACCGUUCGUAAUUUAGCCACACAUGCUACGGUUACAGUUGGUGCUCUUGUUGUCGUCAAUGCAGUAGGAGAUGUUUACAAAAAUGGUACUUUAAUAGCUGGUGCUCGAACUUCUGAUGGCAAACAUUUAUUGAAUACAGUCAAUUAUUUACUCCGCUUCAAUUCUUCCGUUGACAAUACUUUUUCUGUUGGAAUGGCCACGACAAUAGCCUGUAUAGCAACAGAUGCCUAUCUAACCAAAGCUCAAGCAAAAAAAGUUUCGCAAAUGGCUCAUGAUGGAUAUGCUCGAGCGAUCAAUCCUAUCCAUACGAUGUUCGAUGGCGACGUCAUUUUCACUCUGGCGACCGGAACUUCGCCAGUUUCGGAUGUUAAUCUCGUUGGUUUGAUGGCUGCGGAAGCUAUCGAACGAGCAAUUAUUCGAGCUGUUGAACAAGCAAAAAGUCUUCCAGGUCUUCCUAGUGUGCACGAACUCAGCUCAUCAGAGAAGUUCAACACCUAUUCGAUUAUAGUUACAACAAAAAUUCGCUCUAGAUCAAAUGAAGCUGUAUACAAAUGA